ACCUCUAGGCGUCCCCGGGACCCGCCGCUCUCCACUCAUUCAAAUGCAAACGGCAGGGUAUAAAUAGAGAGAUUGCCAACAGCAGGCGAGACUGAAUAAAAAGGAGAUUGUACGCGUACCAGCUGCUAGCAGAAAAAAAACGUGCUUGCGGGUGGGAGGAUUUCCCCUUUUUCUUUUGUGUCAUUAAAAAAAAAUUGGGAAGGCUGUUGUUACCCGAAACAACAUGGCUCCAUCGUGCAAACCCAGCAAACCUGGUUCUCUCAGGGAUGAAGGGGACUAUUACACGGUGAAAGAAGAUCGGAAGACUCGCAAGCCACUGAUCGAGAAAAAGAGAAGAGCCCGCAUUAACGAAAGCUUGCAAGAACUGAGACUGAUCCUGGCGGAUACGGAACUGCAGUCGAAAAUGGAGAAUGCGGAGGUCCUGGAGAUGACCGUGAAACGUGUGCAAAACAUACUUCGCAACAGAAAUGUAGAAACAGACAGGUUUAACCAGGAAGCGAACGAGAGGUUUGCAGCUGGCUACAUCCAGUGCAUGCAUGAGGUGCACACUUUCGUCUCAAACUGCCCCGGGAUCGACUCUGCAGUGGCCGCCGAGUUACUGAACCACCUUUUGGAGUCUAUGCCAUUGAGCGAAGACCACUUUCAGGAUUUACUGGGCGAGUUAAUGGCCGAGACUGGCUCCUCCGGCGUUUGGCCUGGGCCUGAUGAUGUGUGCCAUUUAUUGGCGUCCCCCGGAGGUGGCAUCCAGAGCAGUCCCUCAGCACUGUCUCCCUCAUCCACUGCUUCCAGCGAUGACCUGUGCUCCGAUCUGGAUGAAGGGGACUCGCCUGCUGCCGGACAGAGUCCUUUGCUGCAAGAAAAGGUCGACAACUCUCGGACAGAGAGCACGUCUCCUGUAAUGUAUUCGAAAUCGGUCUGGAGGCCGUGGUAACGGAAUGGAUCCAAGUCAAAUAACAGAGCUACCUAGUUUGAAUGGGACAUCGGUUCUCCCGUUUUAAAAGCCAGUAGCAAGUCAUCACUACCUUCAAUGAGCAAUACUGAGUGUGUAACAAGUACAGCAAUUAUGUUUAAUAAGGAAAUAAAUACAAUGAAAGAAACUGAACGAAAACUAGCACUGGGAAUAUCACAAAACAAUUGGCCGAUAUCCUAGAUUGAAGGUUAGCUAUUUUAGGUACUGUCAUGCAUUUCUAAUGGAAUUAGCGCCUCCAGAUCAAGAAUUCUUAGGAACAGAAAAAUGAAAGCGCUUCGAUAAAGCACGACGUUUAAAUAUUUUUUUUUACAUUUUUGAAGUGCAAAUAUGCUCGUGCACACAUGAAUGAACAUGUAAAAUACUCUACUUUUAGUGGUAAAACAAAGUUUAAUAUUCCCUUAAAGGGAUUAAUUCGGAGCUAGAAUUAUUGGUAACAGGGUCCACAGUUCCUCCCUUCAGUGAAGGAAGACAGACUGAAUUAGAUUUGUGCAAGACAUAAAGGUUAGAUGUAAAUGUUCUUAUUAAUUCUAGGGAAAUGCCUUUAGGAAACUUGUAUACCUGAUCCCUGUGCAUUUGAGCCCCGUUACAUUGGCAAUGUUAUGCUAGCACAUUAACCUUUUUUUAAUUGUACGUAUAUAUGUCUGUCAUGUAAGUGGAAUUUUGUUAUGUUUUGUCGUUUAAAUAAACUUUUACCACUUGUUAAAGAAUGAUUAUUUACUAACCUAUAAGUACACAACUUUUUAUGCCAUUAAACGAAGUACAGAUGCAAUGGCACUUAGCUUGCUAUAUGAUGAACUCUACCAAUGCAAUUAUUUGGAUUUGAUAUUGUACAAAGUUAUUAUUUAAAAGCAGUCUUGCAUUUGUCAUGCUAUGCUCAAGCCAAGCACCAAAUUAGAAUGACUUUUAGAUACCAGGAUGUAAAUGUAUGCUUGUUUUAGAGCUGAGGUGCAAUUAACAUAAUAUACAUUUUCCAACUAAGAGUCAAAUUUAAUGUUAUUUGCUAAAUACAAUACCAUGUAAAUUAAGGCAGAAUUUAAUAAUGAUGCAUUACCUAAUGGCUCGGUCUGAAGAGCUCACUAACAUUUCUCAAGAACUAAACAAUGUUUAUGUAAGGGAUGGAAUCCAAAUUGUGAAAUAAUAUGACUACUUAAAUCAUUUAAGUUAGUAAAGUGCAAAAACAUUUCAUUUAAAUUCAAUAUGAUUUAGGUGGCUCUGUGAAACAAAUCUAAUUGGGUUUAUCCAAAUGGGAGUGUGUACUGUGUUAGGCUUCACCAUGUGUUGGCACUUUCAACUCCCAUGCUAAGGCUUCGAAUGUACAUUGACUUGAAUGCCUCUCUUGUCUGUUCCAGUUGCUAAUUACCAGAUAAUUUAUCUAACAUCCUGCAGAAAUUUACUCCAAUUAAUUGUGGGAAUUCUGAAGACAUUGUUUUCAGUAGCUACUCCAGACUCUAUUCCCUUGUUACCAACCCCAUCCUCCCCUCACACUAGCUGAGAUGAAAUAGUUUGCUCUCAUCCCUUGAUCAUGAGAUGAUCUUUAGAUCUCAAAUUCAAGCCAUCACUAAGAACACCUAUUUCUACCUAUAAUAUUGCCCAACUUCACCCUGUCUCGAGCUGCUGAAAUCCACAUUCCCCCUUUACACCUGAUGAUUUUUAAGCAUACCAGUUGGCCUAUUUCUCUCCAUAAACAUGAAGUCAUUAUGAUUCUAUUGCUUUUGCAUCACCAUUCCCAUAUUGACUCCCUGCUUUCUGACUUACAUUGGCUCUUCGUAAAGCAAAACUUGCCUCUAAAUUCCUUGUCCUUGUUUUCAAAUCUCGCCAUGGCCUCACUCUAUAUAUGAGGAGAAAGUGAGGUCUGCAG